AUGUUGGGGGCCAACCAAGCUCAGAACUUCAAAACCUCUCUGAAACAAAGCAACUCUAAACUCCACAAAGCUGUGCAGGAAAUUGCCAGGGGAAGCCAUCAAUUCACUUCACUGGAGGUGGAUCAUGCAUGCACCCCAGAAGAAGUACAGCAGCAUUUCCAAUCUUGUGGAACAGUAAACAGGGUAAAAAUUCUAACUGACAAGUUUGGCCAGCCCAUAGGCUUUGCUUAUGUGGAAUUUUUGGAAACUGAAGCUGUGCAAGAGGCUCUCCUGUUGAACGAAUCUGAAUUACAUGGCCGCCAACUGAAGGUAUGUGCCAAACGUGCAAAUAUCCCUGGAAUGAAGCAGUACCGGCCACCGUGAUUCGAUCCAUACUUCGCCUACCGAUGUAGGAGGCCAUAUAUGCAGCCAUAUUUUUACUCGCCGUAUGGAUAUGGGAAAGUUCCCAGAUUCAGAAGGCCAGUGCGCUAUAGACCUUACUACUAA